AUGCCGCGUGUGUCGUGGUUGCGCUUGUUGCUGGUGGUCGCGGUGGUCGUACCUUCAGCAAGUGCAGAGGAGGUCCUUGAGAUUCCUGGAGUCGCAGUGACCUUCCACCCUCGGCCACGAGAGUUCCAGAAGGCCUUUCCUGACCCAGACAAGUUUCAGAAGAAGGGUGGAUCACGGGGAUCCCGGGGAUCACGGCGGCUCGAGGAAGAGACGGAUGACAAGGUCCAGCAUCUCGAGGCAGAUGAUGGCGGCCUACACUUCGAUCUUGACUUCGCAGGCGCCGAGACGGAGGUCCGCGUGAUUGACUUGGACGAGACACCCCAGCUCGACGGGCUGGCAUGUUCCAGCAGCCAUCAUAUGUAUUUACAUUGGGAUUCGACAGGCUUUGUAAUAAUCCACAAGGGCGAUGUUCUUGUUGGUGGCAUGGAGUGGCAAUGCCGGCUUGACCCUUACCAAGGGCAAGGCCCCGAGGAGAGCGAAUCUUUUUUGGUGGAGGUGCUAAGCGUGGAUUCGAAGCCCGAUGCUGCUGCGAGGGUCACCAAGCUUCGUGUUCGAGAGACCUCCGUGCCGCACGACUUCCCAAUUAUGCUGUCGGGUGAUGGGUUCCACGUUUUUCCGCAGAUGGAUCUCAACUUCACCUGGUUCCCAUCGCCAGGUGCGGAAGGCCGGUUGCUGAGUGCUUCCCCGCAAUUUUCAUUGAACUAUGAUUCCAUCACCGGGCGGGCAAAGAAGGCGUUUGACUUCGGCCCCUUCCAGUGUUCGGACUGCUGGGCCGACUUGGACAUUACGCCCACGUUCUCUCUUGCUACGAAUGGCAAAGGGCAGCCGGUCAAAGUGGCGAUGGAGGUGGCAGUUGAGCUGCGGGCACGCGCCAAGGUCGAAGCGGGCAGAGAUGGGCAGACCUUGCUUGACUGGUGGAGGCCCGAAAGCCUGGAGUGGAGCAUCACUUCGAUGAAUUUGCUCGACAAGCUGGCCAAAAGUAUUCCUCUCAAGGGAUGGGCUGCUGGCAUGCUCAACAAACUCACCUUGAAGCUGAGCCUGCACCCCACCGUGGCCCUGGAAUUCUUGGUUGAGAUCGAGCAACUUGUAAUGGAGGGCGCCUUUCAGAUGAACUUCGGCGAGAAGAUAGUCUAUGAGGUGAAAUGGACUGCUGCCGAUGGGUUCAGCCGUCGUGUCAAAGACCGGACAGAUACUCUGCUUCCUGACGUGCAGAUGCCGCAGCGCAUUGACAUUCCACUGCUUUUUGGGGUCAGCCCCUGCUUCGGUCUGGAGCUGACCAUGUGGAGCUCUAGAAAGAAGAUAACCUCCAUCGAGGGCUGUCCAGAGUUUCGCCUUGGGGUCACGCUUGUGAACGUCUUCUCGCAGUCCCCGCAGUCCCCGGCUUUCUUUGCUCCUCAGGAUGAUCCUGACAGAAUGCUGUGUGUGCGGAAUAUGCAGUUCGAGACAAAUGGGAAUGCGGACAUGACCAGGGACGAGCCUUACCUAAACGUCUGCAUCGCAGGGAAAUGUCAAAAGACCAGCAGCGACGAGCACUUCGGGAAUGCUGUGUGCCCUUGUGGAGACGAGAAAUGUGGAAGAGGCUUUCGAACCUACCAAUGGUGCUACGUCCCACGGAGCUGCCCUGUGGCCGAUUACUACGACUGGGGUGAGUAUUAUUGGGCCAGUUGCGUCUACCCUGCGACAUACCGGGAGGAGAUAUGCUUCGAUGUAAGCGGCAAGUGGCUCGAGACGCAGGGCCUCCUCUUCAGUGCCUAUGAGGCUGACUGGUACUUCGAUGAUCCUUACGUCGCCCCCUUAGAGGUGCCAGUGGAUGAUCUGGUGAACUAUCGUUCGCGGACAUACCGGAGGCUGGAGAUGGAACCGCUCCUGGGAACCCAAGCCUACCUGACAUUCACGGUAAGCGUGGAGCGCAUGCGGCGGCUCAGCAAGGGCAACAGCCAAGGCGACAGCUUUAGUCUCGUGAUGGAUGAGGCGAGUCCUCGCAGGACCUCCACCGACUGCAAUGCGGGCAAGGUGGAGGUGGCACUGGGAGUGCAUGGCUAUUUCGGGGGCCUUUUCAUCCCUUUCGACUGGAGGGGCAAGAGCAAGGGCCUCAAGCUGGUCAACGAAAGCGAUUUCGAAAGCCGCGUCUUCUAUGGCCCGGACACAAUCUAUUGCCGCACCACCACGACCACAACUCCAGAUUCAGAGUCAGCUCCUCCAGCACUUCUGGUCACGACCACAACCACGAGCCGCGGCAGGGUGACACAACAGGGCUGUCAGUGUCGCGGCCUCAGGAACCAUGCCGGAGACUUGCGCUAUGCGGCUUCAUGUGGAAGCAGUGCUAUGGUAAAUAAGGGUGAGUGGUGCUUCGUGGAGGACGAAACGUGUCAGUCGUCCAACUGGGGCUAUUGUGCCCCGGUCACAGAGCAGGGAUGUGGAGAGUUGGACUUGCCAGUUCCAUUAUUGGGGCUACUGCAGCACAGCUGCAACAUCAAGCACGUCCGUCACAACGUCCACGACCACGUCGACUACCACCACAGCACUCACAACCUCGACUGUAGCCGUUGGGAGAGUGACGACGGAGGGCUGCCAAUGCCCGCAGCCAAGUUGUGA